AUGUAUAACCUCACCAAGGCCGAUGCCUUCCGAAAUCCAGGCUCUGAUCCUGCCUAUGUCCUGGAAAUAACACCAGUGGCGGGAGGACUAGCAGCCAUCUCAUCAGACCAGAAGCUCACGCUGUUCAACCCCCAGAGACUGAGCCAGGGCCCCCUCAAGACAAUACUGACGCCACAUGAGAACAUCAAAUGUGCGAGGACAUUUGAUGCAUCGAACUCAAUCGUCUGCACGGCCGGGUCGAACGGCUCCGUGGCAUUAUGGGACCUGCGCCUGGACGGCUCAAAAGCACGGGUGGCCGCGCCCACGGGCAGUGACGCGCCCAUCGUCUCCCUCGCCUGCAGCUCAACCAGCAACACCAUAGCAGCCGGCACAGAGUACGCGAAUCACCAGGCCUCCAUCUUCAUCUGGGACGCCCGCGGCGGCUCGGCUCCCCGCACGCGCUACAGCGAAGUCCACAGCGACGACGUGACAGAGCUGAACUUCCACCCAACCAACCCCCAAGUCCUCCUCUCGGGCUCGACAGACGGGCUCGUCAACGUCUGCGACACGUCCAUCGCCGACGAGGACGAGGUCGUCGUGCAGGCCUUCAACCACGGCUCCGUGCACCACGCCGGCUUCCUCAACGCCACAGAGGUCUACGCCGUCAGCCACGACGAGCGCUUCGCCCUGUACGACGUCGCCGAGGCCCGCGAGGGCGGCGACGCCACCUGGGCCGUCGGCGACAUCCGCGCCGCCCUCGGGUGCCACCAACAGCUCUUCCAGCUCGUCCACAUGGCCAAGUCGCCGGCCUGGGGCUUCAGCGCCGAGACGAGCGUCGGGCUCCCAGGCGCCCACGGGUCGGAGCUGGUGCGGAGCUUCUGCGUCUUCGACCAGGAGCAGACGGUCUUCACGGCAGGCGAGGAUGGCCAAAUCAUAGCGUGGAGGCCCUAA